GGGGUCGGUUGUCGCAGCUCGUCGCUCCCUGUGAGACUCGUUGUGUGCUUGGAGAAUAGAACAUUUAUUUUUCCGCUGUUUAAAGUUCGUUAUUGAAAUCAAUCUCGAGGGAAGACGACGGCGAUGUGGGUGAACGCCAAAGGGGCAGUUUUGGUGGCGGUGGUGGCGGCGCUGUGCCAGGCCCGGGAGGCCUCUCCUCGCCGCUCCUACGAGGGGGACGAGAGGAGGAUCGGGUCUUCCUCUUCUUCCUCCUCUUCCUCGGAAUCGACCGCUCCUGAGAUCACCCUCGACUCGGCGUCCAUGUUCGGCGUCUCAAACUUGGCCAAGCUCAUCUCCAGCGCCCUCAAGGACAAGGAAGCGGCCCUCGACGACAGGGACAGCGCGGGCUCUGGUGAGGUCGUCCACCAAACGACCUCCUCCUUCUUCUCUAGUUCGGUCCCCGACGCUCCUUCGACCUCCCCAUCAACCUCCUCCUCCAGCUCGACCUCCUCCUCCACCUCGACCUCCUCCUCCACCUCGACGACCGAGAACUCCACGCCCGUCGCAGGAGACCCACCCUCGGCCGAGGAGGAGAGGGGCGCGACGGAGGCGGACGAGGAGACAACAGACGCCACCAAGAGCCUGCAGGAACUCCUGAUGGCUCUCGCAGGCAACGAAAAGAAGGGAGAGGGANACACAGACACAUACACACACAUGCAUAUAUGUGCACACAAAUUUGCGGAUCCUCGCACAGGGCUCCUUCCCCACGCCUUCCAGAUUCCCCAAAUUACUAUUUAUUCCCCGGAGAAUCGUCCUGUUCUUAUGACCUCCGAAGAGAAGUCUUUUACCUCGACAGACGAAGCCAAUAAUCCCCCUGAAAGCAUUCUUAAACCAGAGCGUUUAACCCCCAGUAAUCCCAGGCAGCUACGAAACAUGAUCGAAACAAGUCUGGCUCACGUCUUGCUGCUCCUCGACCCACAACUCGAGGUCCUUCCGUAUUCGAGUCGCAAGUACCCAGACGCCGCGGGUGGGCGAGUGACUUCAUCUCGCAUGGGCUCGGGGCGGCCCCGACAAACGGAAUACCAAGGAAUCACUGCAGUCCUGUUCCCAUUGAAGCGCUCAUACCUUUCUCCGAAGAACAACACUACACAGUCCGAACAGUCCACUAAUACUAGACAUUCAAAACUAAACAUGGGGCUCUAG